GCGCCCGCCUAGUCGAGAGCGCGCGCGUCCUCUCGAAUGCGGCAAGCGAACGUGACGUUCCACUGCUACGGCCUCUACCACUGGACUCUGUCGACGCUGGUGCCCGCGCUGAGCGGACCCUCGCUACUGGCAGCGGGACCUAACGGGACGGGCCUCGCAAUGCUGGCCACCGCUGCGGCGCCCCAGGCACCGCCGUCGACCGCUGCGGCCAAGGGCGACCUCGCGGAGGCCGAGAUGUCGGCCGGCGAGUGGGUGGACGCCUGCUUCCUCCGCCACUCGGCGCCCUGGGUGGUGGGCUACUGCGUGGCGUACACGGCCGUGUUCGUGAUCGGCGUCGUGGGCAACUGCUGCGUGCUGCGCGUGGUGAGCCGCAACGCGUCCAUGAAGAACUCGGCCUUCCACGCGCUGCUCGUCAACUUGGCCGUGGCCGACCUCAUGGUCAUCGUUUUCUGCCUGCCUGUCACACUUGUCGGGCACUUGUUUGGACCUUGGCUCCUUGGUCUGUUCGUUUGCAAGAGCGUCUCAUACCUGCAAGGAGUUUCCGUUUGUGCAUCCGUCAACACUCUGAUGGCCAUUUCAAUUGACAGGUACUAUGCCAUCUGUUAUCCCAUGAAGCGACAGAUUAGCCUGCGCACGUGCCGCGUCGUCAUCGGCGUCAUCUGGGCAUUCAGCCUGACCAUUACGUUGCCGUGGACCUUCUUCUUCCGGCUCAUGCCCAUGCUGAGCGAGAGCGAGACCACGCUGCAGGUGUGCCGCGAGGACUGGCCCACCGAGGGAAUGGGCGUGCUGUACUUCAUCGUCGCCAACCUGGUGCUCUGCUACCUGCUGCCGCUCUGCGUCAUCACGCUGUGCUACGUGUUCAUCUGGCUCAAGGUGUGGCGGCGCCGUCCCCCGGGCGAGGCGCACGACUUCGGCGUCGAGAACAUCAUACAGCGCUCGAAAAUCAAGGUGGCCAAGAUGCUGCUCGUCGUGGUCGUGGUGUUCGCCAUCUCGUGGCUACCCUUGUACGCCAUCUUCGCGCGGCUCAAGAUGGGCGAGCCGCUAGCCGACGGCAGCCUCGAGCAGUCGCUGAUCGAGGUGGCCGCGCCGGUGGCUCAGUGGCUAGGCGCCUCCAACAGCUGCAUAAACCCAAUCCUGUACGCCUUCUUCAACAGCAAGUUCCGCAUGGGCUUCAAGGCCAUCCUUUUCCGGCGCAAAUGCUGCUGCUGCUGCUGGUGCUGCGACGGCGCCAAUGGUGGCCGUCAUCGCUCGGCGGCCAGCGUUGUGCGCCACGAGCUGUCCUGCAACCGGCCUUCGAGUGUGAGGACUUCCCAGGCCGUGGCACGCAGGAAGGAUUCGGGCCUCUCGCAUGUGUUCUGACUCUCGAUGCAGAGAAAUGCCGCAAAGAUGUAGCUGCCAGGUCAAGCACAAAAUAUUUGUGUUUGCGUCGUAGUAUGAUAUGUACACACACAACGACACACACACAAAUUCAGUUCAUUGAACUUCCAUCUUUGCACAGCAGCUGCGUCUCACUGAAUUGUUUAGGAAGGUUUUGUGACACCAGCUUCUUGCUGCUUACAGCGUCUUAUUCGGCGGCGUUGUUGUGCCAAGGAAGGGGAAGAGUAAGACGCCGUUUGAAAAGGUAUCGGUGCCUCCUGUCGUCGUGUAGUCACACGCGAAUAUUUGCCAAAAUGUAUCAUAGCGAAUAUACCACCGAUUUUUUUUCAACAGAUUUAAAAACAUGAACAUGCCAGUUAUUUUUUCACCUUCUCAUCUGGAUUUUAGAAUAUGCGAAAAUCGCAUUCACGGCAAUGUCUGGUAGCUGAUUCAAGAGAUUCACUGAUUACCUUUUCACUUCUUUAUUUUAGGGCACAUAUUGCUAACGCGAAAUUGAAGCCUAAUAGUAUUGCAGUAAUUUCUCCUUAAACGGACUGUCUACUGUUAUUCAUGGACGUUGUGUUCUAUAGCGCAAUAGAAAGCCUAUGAUCGGAAGCGUUUAAACUUGCAGUGGUUUCUCUGGAAAGCUUGUAGAAAGUGUAAAACCAGAAUUUUUCAAUCUGCGUAGUCUCUUAUUGAAACCGUGUACAGACGCCGACAACACUGACUACUAGAAUGGAUGGCAAUCUCACAGGCCAUGCAUCAAUGCACCUCUGAGUUCACCGUAACCCAGUUCGUUUGCGUAAGGCGGCGUUACUUUUCAACGCGCGCUGGCUGGAAAGAAGAAAUAAAUUACUCUCUCACUCAAAGUAAAGCUAGCAGAAGCGCAUGAAAUACAAUUCAUACAAUAUAUCGUAUAGAAAGGAAAUGACUUUUCCUGCGCGGCUUUUUGGUUACGUGGCAAUACACCUAUUGGUUGCGUUGUUUCACCCUCCACAUGUCAUUCUUACUCCGCUUUCAGAGGCAAGUUAGAAAUAUAAUUACUUGUUUAUGGGAUGCAAACAUGCUCAUUUUUGUCAGUAUGAGACACAAUGUUCUCAUUCUCACCACAAUCGAAAGACAUCUUCCAAUUGGUAGGCAGUCCCUUUAACAAAAAUUCCAAAACUAGGAACACAUUCAAAAUAUCUGUCCGUAAAACCCGCUAAAAUGAUUUGCCAUUUUAGUUAGGAUUGUUUCGAAGUGCUAGGGGAAGGCUUUUGGAAAUCUUUUGCGCGUAUGUCUUAGUAACUUUUAUUCGCUAAUAUAUGGAAACUGCUGCUACCUUUAAAAUUUCUGUUUAGCAGACGUGACUUCACUACUGUGUGGCUUCAGUUUCGCAAUUUAAACUAGAACUUUUUAAUUAGCCAUGUUGCAAUUAUAUGAUCGUGAUUUUUGUGCAUUGCAAGUCGCGCGAAAAUUGUGGAUCUCUUCAUGUGAUCUCCUGAAUAACCCCAAUUGAACUAUAUGUUCCUUACCAUUUUUCAAAAACCUGUCCGAACUAAAAAAAACAUAA